AUGCGAGCUAACAAUUUAUAUUGUACUUGUGCCUGCAUCCACUGGUACUAUACCAUUGUGUCACUGGUAAAGUGUUCACAUACUCCACAAGAGAAGAAGUCUAUCGUCACAGGGGUGCCUACAACUCUCAAACACCACCUUAAACAGGUAACAGAAUCUACACCAGGUAGAACGUACCAAUUUCACAUGUGUACCGAACAGCUGACCAGUGCAUCAAAUGCAAUAAUUCAUCAAAGGCAUUUCCUUGGUAACAACACAGUUUUGGAUUUCGUACAAGCUCAUGGAUAUGAAAUUGAGCAUCUGUCAGUUAGCGCUAAAAUUCCAAAAAGCAAGUCGAAGAAAAGCAUCCAAAUGGACUCUUCCAUGAAGCCAGGUCUGCGUUCAUCCGUUGCUCUAGGAAAAGCUAAAGGAACACCUUUUCCCACAAAGAAAGGUCAAGGGCGUCGGUCAAAUCGCCACCGAUCUACCAGUUCCUAUCAGUUACCUAGUUCUUCGUUGAAUUUGAAACGUAUUUUUGAAACCAGUACAUCAGCUUCUGUAACUACCCAGAGAUCGCGUCGCUUCAACGACUUAUGGGUGAGACUGGAUACUUAUGGAAGAAAGAUGUCGAGUAUAUCUUCAGGACCGGUGAUAGAAUCUAGGAAAGUCCCUCAGCAGGCCUUCCAAACGUGGUAUCAGAAAAGCCAAGGACCAGACCACUUCCACUCUGCUGGUUCCAGAUAUUACAUUACCGACUGGCUAUGGUUAACGUGCAUGCUCUGGUUGUUCUCUAAAUUUGCAUAUUCCUUUCACCAGUACUUCCCUAUGGCAGCCUUGACCGGAAUAACCUGAAUGAUCUGAAAAGAAAAAUCAAUUUUCUUUGUAUAGAAACUCACCUGUAAACAUGUCAUCAGCUGUGACUCCAAAACAAAAACUGGUUUAUGUUGCAUGCAUUCAUCCGUGAUAUUGAAAACUGUCUUCGUCAUCGGACAGAGAAAAUAUUCCUACGCUGACCUAAAGAAAUAGUCACAUAUAAUUUUUGUGCUAAGCUAGAGAAGUGCUUCUCGAAUUUUUUCAUUACAGAAAUCCAGCAGCUGAGUCAUCUAAUAUUCUUACCAUUAUCAAAACGUGAUUUAAUAUGUCAUGUGUUGGUCUUAAAUGCUAGACAACUGCUGCCUUUAGAUGGAAAGAAAAACACUUCGUGAUAACUGGAUUAGAAUUCUAAAUCCCAUUUAUCAAAAUUCCUUUUCCAAGCCUCAUAUAACAUUUACGCUUGUCAUUUGCUAUUUCGCUCCUUAAUCAUAUACAGU